AUGGACUCCUCGUCCGUUCAGCAGGAUGUUCAUUUGGAGAACAGAAGCAGUAAUGGGACCCCUAGCAGCUCUGAAGAACUUCUGGACUGUAAAGCCAAGUCAGAUUUGCCAGUUACAGCAGAGGAAGUUAACACUACCAGUGUUAACAUCAAUGAAGUGCCAAAUGAAGAGGGAAGUCUGGAGAUAAACUGCAAAGUGGAUGCCUGCCAGAAUGGGCCAGAGUCGCUCUUCCCUGACUCUCCUGUAUCUUUUGACCCCACCAGCAGUGCACAGGGUCAAGAGUCAUCCCCAGGUGUGACUGGUUUCCAUGGCAGCCUAAGGAAGUCUCAGGGAACUAGUGCUGAGGGCAUAGUUCUUAGAAAAGAAGCUUUGCAGUCUCUCAAACUAAGUCUUCCCAUGCAAGAAACUGAAUUGUGCUCAGUAGAGUCUUCACUCCCAUUGGAGAAAGAAGAACAAAUAAGACUUCAAGCAAGAAGACGGCUAGAAGAACAGCUCAAACAAUACAGAGUGAAGAGACAUCAAGAAAGAUCGAAUCAGUCUACAUCCAAACACCGGCCCUCCAGCACCCUAGAUCCCGAGCUGAUGUUAAAUCCAGAAAUCUUGCCAAGAGCUAGCACUGUAGCAAUGACAAAAGAAUACUCCUUUUUGCGGACCAGUGUCCCCAGGGGGCCAAAACUGGGUAGCCUGGGACUUCCAGCAUCCUCGAAAGAGAGAAGAAGUUCAAAAUCUAAGGCCAGUAAGAUCCGGUCCUUGGCUGACUACAGAACUGAAGAUACAGGCUCUAGAAAUGCUACUGGGAAUUUUGUGGCUACUGAUUUAUCUGGUGGGACUCUGAAGCAAAGCAGAAGUGGUCCAACAUCAGUUGUUUCUGAGAUUAGUCUACCCUCUGACACAGGUGAUCGAAUAGAGAAUUCCUCCUUGGCAGAAGAUAGCAUUUCAGAGAUUGAUGGGAGUGAAGUGGGAAUGAGGUUGGAUGGAAAUGAGAGUGACAGCUCUACCUACAGCAGUGUGUCAGGAAAAGGGCUGUAUAAUAGUUUACAGAAUGCAGAAAGCAAACAGGGCAUUCCAUAUACAGUAAAUGGUCAGAAGAUACAUCCUGAUGCAAUGGGGCAAUUUCCUUCCAUCAGUGAGGUGCUACAGGCUGCAGCAGUGGAGCAUCAAGCCCAAGAGCAAGAAAUUAAUGGGGAAGUAUGGAGUAGGAGAGACAGUGUUUCUAGCAGUGUUUCUAUGGAAAGCUCUGUCGCAGGAACUCAUGACGAAAUGUUGCAGGUUCUGAAGGAGAAGAUGAGACUUGAAGGGCAACUAGAAGCACUCUCACUAGAAGCUAAUCAGGCUCUCAAAGAGAAGACUGAGCUACAAGCCCAACUUGCAGCUCUGAACAUGAAGCUUCAAGCGCAGAUGGAGCACAGCCAAAAUAGCCAGCAGAAGCAGGAAUCUCUGAGUUCAGAAGUGGCCACAUUAAAGCAGUCUUGCUGGGAUCUGGAACGUGCAAUGGCUGACCUGCAAAAUGCCUUGGAAGCAAAGAAUGCUAGUUUGGCUUCUUCAAAUAAUGAUUUGCAGUUAGCAGAGGAGCAGUACCAAAGACUCCUGCUGCAAGUUGAAGAUAUGCACAAGAACGUUCUCACCAGAGACAGCACAGUUCAUGAUCUACGGCAGCAGAUGGCUUCUUUACAGAACCAGCUUCAGAAGGUGCAGUUGGAACGGACCACACUGACCAAUAAGCUAAAGGCAUCUGAAACAGAAAUCACAUCGCUCCAAAACGUGCGACAGUGGUACCAGCAGCAGCUUGUGCUAGCACAGGAGGCUCGUGUCAGGCUGCAGAGUGAGAUGGCCAAUAUACAGGCUGGGCAAAUGACCCAAGCAGGUAUGUUGGAACAUCUCAAACUAGAGAAUGUGGCACUGUCUCAGCAACUGACUGAAACCCAGCACAGGUCCAUUAAAGAAAAGGAACGUAUUGCAGCACAGCUGCAAAAUAUUGAGGCUGACAUGUUAGAUCAAGAAGCUGCCUUCAUGCAGAUUCAGGAGGCUAAAACCAUGGUGGAAGAGGACUUGCAGAGGAAACUAGAGGAGUUUGAGGAUGAAAAAGAACAGCUUCAGAAAAUGGCUGAUUCUGCAGCAACACUGGAGCAAGAAUUGGAACAGGUCAAGUUGACUUUGCAUCAGCGAGAUCUGCAGCUUGAAUCUUUACAGCAAGAACACCUAGACCUAAUGAAGCAAUUCACUCUGACCCAAGAGACUUUGCACACCAAGGAGCAGUCCCUGGAUGACCUGCAAACACAGUAUGAUGAACUGAAGGCCAGAUUAGAAGAGUUCCAAAGUGAUGCUACAUCUAAAGAUGACAUGAUCCAGUAUUUGCAGAAUGAGAAGAUUGUCUUGGAAGUAGCUCUGCAGGCAGCAAAAGCAAGCAAAGAGCAACUUGACGAAGGAGUGGCUCGCCUUGGAGAAGAUACAGAAGUAGCAUCUCAAGUCUUGGAACAACUGAGGCAAGAAAUGGCCAUCAAGUCAAGCCAGAUAGAAAAUCUACAACAAGAAAAUGCCAGCCUUAAAAAACAGGUUCAAAAAGUGAAGGAGCAGUUCCUGCAGCAGAAGGUAAUGGUGGAAGCUUAUCGAAGAGAUGCAAGUUCUAAGGACCAGCUCAUUAGCGAACUGAAAGCUACAAAGAAGCGACUGGACUCAGAAGUGAAAGAGUUAAAACGAGAGCUACUGAAAAUUCAAGUUGAAAAACAGUCACUUGAAUCUGAACAUUCAAAACUACAGAAGGAAGUAUCUCAGGUUCACCAGCAGAUGGUGGAAAUAGAAAAUCAGCUUCAGUCAGUGCAGAAAGAACGAGAUGAUAUGGAAACACGCCUACAGUCUUUGCAGUUUGAUAAGGAACAAAUGGCAUCUCUUGGUGAGGAAAAUCAGGCAUUAAAACAACAAGUAGAACAAAUGCAAGAAGAAGCAAAAAAGGCCAUUACUGAGCAGAAACAGAAGAUGAAGCGUCUAGGGUCAGAUCUGACAAGUGCUCAGAAAGAGAUGAAAGCAAAACAUAAAGCCUAUGAGAAUGCAGUUGGCAUUCUUAGUCGUCGGCUGCAGGAAUCUCUGGCUGCAAAGGAAUCUGCUGAAGCAGAGUUGAGCAAACUAAAAACGCAAAUCGCUGAUGGUGGAAACAAUCAGAUUGCUCAAGAAAGGAUUCAAGCUCUGGAGACAGAAUUGCAAGCUGUUAGCAGCAGUAAGUUGAUGCUGGAAAAAGAGCUGCAAGAAGUGAUUUCACUUACCAGCCAGGAGCUUGAAGAAUACAGAGAGAAAGUGCUGGAACUUGAGGAUGAGCUUCAGGAAUCUAGAGGCUUCAGGAAGAAGAUAAAACGCUUAGAAGAAAUUAAUAAGAAGUUGGCCCUUGAAUUGGAGCAUGAACGUGGAAAACUUACAGGUCUUAGUCAGUCCAACGCUGCUUUGCGGGAGCACAAUAAUAUCCUUGAAACAGCACUAGCAAAAAGAGAGGCAGACUUGGUACAACUGAAUCUACAGGUUCAGGCUGUCUUAAAGCGGAAAGAGGAAGAGGAUCAGCAAAUGCAACAACUUAUUCAAGCUUUGCAGGCUUCCUUAGAGAAAGAAAAGUUAAAAGUUAAAGACCUUAAGAAGCAGAUGCAGCACGCCAAAGCAGAGGCAGCACAUACCCGCCGUCACUACAGAGCUGCUGCGCUCGAGCUCAGUGAAAUCAAGAAAGAGCUACAUGCCAAAGAACUGCUUGUCCAAGCCCUUCAGGCUGAAGUGGACAAACUGCA